AUUAGACAACACAUAGCCUAUGCCAGCUAAUAUAUUUUCAAGGAACCACAAAAUAUAACAAUUUUCAAUGAAAUUGCACUGUGACGCAGACAACAAGAUAUUAAAAUUCAAAGCAAAAACGUUUUCAGAGAGGUAAAUUUCAAAAGAACGCUCACUGGGAAAUUAAUAUUUUAACUACAAUACCCACAAUUCAGCUGCGAAGUACACACGUCAGAGCCAAACGUCAGUCACAACAAGGAAGUGAAUGCUUGUGGUACCUGAAUUUCUUGAACUAAUCUUCUUAAAAGAGGGGCGGUUGGUUUUGUAAAAGCACGCACGUAAAGAUUACGCUGAUCUUGUUUGGUAAAACAGAGCCUUAAUCUGUCUGCUCCUCUGUAUAUAUAAUUGGUUGAUAAAUUUUACGAAGAUAAAAUGUACGUUAACUAGUGUGUCUAACAGGUGAAUUAAUGAAAUGGUGGUAGAUAGUUCUGCUCUCCCAUUCAUUCAUCUGCGAGACAGUGUCCUCCGGUUUUAUGGUGUGAUUCCGCUGACGUUACAUACAGGCCCUGCGUGGUUUUGACACCCAAAAUGAGGAUGAUCACGUUCUUCCUGGUUGGACUGACAGUCCAUGUGGUCUUCUUCCUUUCUAUCUUUGACAUCUACUUCACCUCUCCCCUGGUCCAUGGCAUGACACCCCAGGCUACAUCACUGGCACCACCUGCCUCCAGACUGGUGUUAGUGGUGGCUGAUGGCCUCAGGGCAGACAGUCUCUUCACCUUACUCCCCAAUGGGUCAUCCAGGGCCCCGUACCUGAGGAGUGUUCUAGAGGAGAAGGGCACCUGGGGUGUGUCACACACACGUGUGCCCACUGAGUCUCGACCUGGUCAUGUUGCUCUCAUCGCUGGCUUCUAUGAGGAUGUUAGUGCUGUUGCUAAAGGCUGGAAGGAGAAUCCUGUAGAGUUUGACUCUGUGUUUAAUGAGAGCAGACACACCUGGUCCUGGGGCAGCCCUGAUAUUCUGCCUAUGUUUGCCAAAGGUGCCAGUGGAGAUCAUGUGUACACCUACACAUACCCAGCACAGGAGGAGGACUUUGCCUCUACCGAUGCCUCCAGGCUGGACAGCUGGGUGUUCUCUCAAGUCAAAUCAUUCUUUCAGUUGGCAAAGUCUAACUCAAGUCUGAGAGCCAGUCUACUGGAAGAUAAAAAUGUCUUCUUCCUGCAUCUGCUGGGCAUCGACACAAAUGGACAUGCUCACAGACCAAUGUCACAAGAGUACCUAGACAAUAUUGGUCUUGUAGACACUGGUGUAGCUGAGCUGGUGUCUAUAGUAGAGGACUUCUUUGAUUAUGAUGGCAGAACGGCCUACGUGUUCACCUCUGAUCAUGGCAUGACAAACUGGGGUUCCCAUGGUGCAGGCCAUCCCUCUGAAACACUCACCCCCUUAAUAGUGUGGGGAGCUGGAGUACAUAAUGCCCAGAGAGUCACUGAACCCCAGCCGUACAACGAUGGAUACCUACAAGAUUGGAAUCUGGAGCACCUCCGUAGGGUUGAUGUCGGUCAGGCUGACAUUGCUCCCCUCAUGGCUUCUCUCAUUGGUGUGCCUAUUCCUGUCAACUCAGUUGGUGUGUUACCUCUUCCCUACCUCAACAACACUGACCUGUUCAAGGCAGAGAACAUGUACACUAAUGCUAUUCAAGUACUAGAGCAGUUCAAGAUGAAAAUGACCCAGAAAAAGGAGACAACCUUGUCUUUUCGCUUCACCCCAUACCAACUACUGACUGAGUCAAAACAAGCAGAAUUCAUCCACAAGGCCAGAAUACUGAUUCAGCUGGAGAAGUAUGAGGAUGCUAUCUCUCUGUGCCAGUCUCUGAUAUCCUAUUCCCUGGAGGGCCUGGUUUACUACCAUACCUAUGACAGGUUCUUCCUGGGUUGCAGUGUGGUGCUGGGAUUUGUAGGCUGGACCUCAUAUGUUGUCUUAGUCAUACUGAAGACUCAUGCCAGCCUCAACAGACAUCCCAGUCUCCUCAAACAGGAUCCCAGCCAUACCUUGGCAAAGCUGUGUAUGUGUGUGACAGUGGUGAUUACUGUGUUUCUGCUCAUCCAGAGGAGCCCUGUUACCUACUAUAUUUACUGCCUACUGCCUGUCCCUAUAUGGUACUCUGUCCUUAAAGAGUCUGGAAUGGUAACAGAUUUGAUUCAUUCAGCUCCCUCUCUUCCACUGUGGAAAUGUUUUGUCUAUUUUGUGCUGGUGGCAUUUGGAAUCGAGCUACUGGUGGUGAGUUUCUUCCAUCGCGCCAUGCUGACUGUGGGCCUGGCUAUUCUCUCUAUCUGGCCCUUCAUGUCAGGACUUUUUGGCAAGGCCAAGUUCCGCUCAUUGAGCUGGUUUCUUGGCUGUCUUUUUUUGGCUCUUUUCCCCCUGAUGCCUGUUGUGGGCAGAGAGCCUAACAUACAUCUGGUUACAUGUGCAGGUCUGCUCACUCUCUUCACUUCAGUCUGUUACCUCUGGUCAUCACGACAGAGAACGCCACUGCACCUUAGUGACAGACAGCAGUUUGUUACACAGAUGUUUCACGUGGCUGUGUGUGCGUACGUGCCAUCCCUCACACACUCCAGUCUGCAGCAAAAACAGGGCCUGCCGCUUCUUAAUCAGAUCAUCAGCUGGAUCACAUUAGGCUCUUCUAUGCUGGUUCCAUUAUUGAGCUCUACACGAAUUUUCCAUCGGCUCCUCAGCAUAUUCCUCUCUCUCACAGCCACAUACCUACUGCUCAGCACUGGGUCAGAGGCCUUGUUCCCUCCUGUGUUGUCAUGGUUGAUGUUUGUGUGGAUCAACAUUGAACAGGAAGCUAUGCUUGCCCAGGGUGUCUCUGGCAGGCAAGAGCUCUCCACUAUUGAUUUCUCUGCAAACAUUGACAUCGCCAAGAUUCGACAACUGAAGUUGGAUGACAUCAGAAGAUCGUAUUUUUUUGUAUUUUUUAUAAUAACAGCUUUCUUUGGCACAGGCAACAUAGCCUCCAUUAACAGUUUUGACCCAGCAUCAGUUUAUUGUUUCCUGACUGUCUUCAACCCCUUCAUCAUGGGAGGGCUGAUGAUGUGGAAGGUUAUUAUUCCCUUCAUAAUAGUAAUGUGUACAUUUGAGACCAUCCAAGUUGCAACGCAGCUUUCAUCAAGAAGUUUGUUCCUCAUAGUCCUGGUCAUCUCUGAUGUGAUGGCUCUGCACUUUUUCUUCCUGGUGCAGGACUAUGGCAGCUGGUUGGACAUUGGCACGAGCAUUAGCCACUAUGUGAUAGUGAUGUCAAUGACCAUCUUCCUCAUGUUGCUAAGUGUGGUCACACACAUACUCACUUCACAAAGACUUAUCCUGUGGAGGAGACCCAAGCUGCACUUUCCCUAAAUAUUAUAAAUAUUAUACACACGUGCUGCUUAAACCAAAUGUUUAGUAUUUAUUUGACUUUCUUUUAUAGAUACUUACUAAUUUAGCAUUUGUCUCAUUAAACCACAAUUUGUUUACCUAAGAUAUAGAUUUUAUUUUAGGACUUGGUAUAUUGUACUGUACAGUAUAGUGCAAAACUCUUACACCACUAAAAUGUUUCAGAGUUUUGGAAACCCUGUCUUAUAUGUCCUUAUUAAUAAAAUUCUUUAAACCCUCUUCUCAGAACUGCUUGAAGAACUGACCACAUGAUUACCCUAGAAAAUGACAUGGCUGCCUACCACAGAAAAUUUCUUCAGGUUUACAUUCUCAAGAAAAAUACUUUCUUCCUCAAAUUAAUAAAUAAUUUAAAGUAACCUAUCUAAUAGCUUAAAUAAAUGUAAUAAUAUAUAAUAAUAUAACAUUUCAGAGUGGCCUAAGACUUUUGCACAGUUUGUACUGUUGGAGCUGUAUUCUUUUGUACGCUCAGUUUGUGUUUCAAGCACAUUGUUGUUGCAUUAAUCAUUGAUGAACUGACUAAGGCUACUUGAAUAUUUGACUGUGAAAGUUUUUUUGCCAGGCGAGCUGAUUUAUGAUCCACCAAAGAAGGGUAACUUAAUAACUCUUUGAGUAUGUGACACUAUUUCCUGUGAAGCUGCCUAAAGCAUAUCCUUGUUUACAAAAAAAAAAGGGAUGUUAUUUUAAUUUACUGUGAUGAGGUAUGUACCAAUAAAACUGGGAGUGAAAUAGAAACAGGAAGGUUAAUAAAGACAUCUGUAUAAAACAAAACUGAACACACCCCUGGUUGAUAUCACUAAAUUGAUGUGAAAGACACAAAAAUGCGACUAAUUAAACUGUAAAAUGUUCUGUCA